AUUUAAUCCAGAGGGACCGAUUACUUUUGCCUUCGAUAUCGCUUUUCCCAUACGUGUCCGCUUUCGGCGAUCAUUCUCUAUCGCUUUCCUGCUCAAACAUCAACAAUCCAGCCCAUCCGGCUUCAUCUCCGAGCGAUCCCGCGAUAAUGGCCGAUUCUGCCAACGCUCCCAAGCCGAGCAGCAGCGUAAAGCUGGUGCUUCUGGGUGAAGCAGCCGUCGGAAAGUCAUCCCUGGUUUUGCGAUUCGUCAAUAAUGAUUUUCAAGAAAACAAGGAGCCUACUAUUGGUGCGGCCUUCUUGACCCAAAAGUGCAACCUCCCGACACGGACAAUCAAGUUUGAGAUCUGGGAUACCGCCGGCCAGGAGCGCUUCGCCUCGCUGGCUCCCAUGUACUACCGAAACGCCCAAGCCGCCCUCGUCGUCUACGAUCUCACCAAGCCCACGUCUCUCAUCAAGGCCAAGCACUGGGUCGCCGAGCUGCAACGACAAGCUUCGCCCGGCAUCGUUAUCGCAUUGGUGGGCAACAAGUUGGAUCUGACGGGCGACUCCGGCGCUGCCGCCGACAGCCAGAACGGCGAUGACGGAGAAGAGUCUGGAGACGCUCGCAAGGUCUCGACGGAAGAGGCUCAGUCGUAUGCUGAGGAGGAGAGCUUGUUGUUUUUCGAGACCAGCGCAAAGAGCGGCCACAACGUCACCGAGGUGUUCACCGCCAUCGCGAAUGCGAUACCCGAGACGUCGUUGAAGAGUGCGAGGGGAGCUGGCGCAACGAGCGGCGCGGCCAGCAGGGGAGGAGAAGAGCAAAGGGUGAACCUGGGAGGCCCCAAAGAUGCCGCUGCCAAGGACAGCUGCGCUUGUUAGAAGGGCUUUUUGACGGCGGGGUGGACGACUAAGGUGCAGACAAAGUGUUUUGGUAUUGUACGGUAUUCUGUUCUGCCCUUUUCCUGCGAGCCGGUUGCCUGGGACUGAUGCCAAGAGGAGCAUCUGGGAGUUGAAUGUGUUUCUUGUUACUCUCUAGCAGCAAGGUUUUUGUCGUGGCUUUAAUGGACGCUUGCUUGCCCAUGAUCAGCUCAGAUCAGAUCAAUCAACAUCACUAGCGGUUAAUCAGGAUGGAUGUUGGUUGGGGUGAGGAGUUGAUCAGCUCUUUCUACAUUGGAUGAAUCAAAGCUUGA